AUGGUACGCCGAAAAGCUGACGCAAGUGUUAUUGUUUUAGAUCAAUUGACAGUUCGCGAACAGCACGCAGUGAUAAAUCUAGGAACGUUAUUAUUAAUUAUUACAUACUUUUCUCAGACAGACGUUUUAGUGGACAGACACAAAAUUAAAAAGAUACAAAUUUUGAAAGAAAUUCGAUAUUUCAGAAAAAGUGUAAAAUUGCUUAUACCAAAACUACCUUUUGCUCGUCUAGUUAAAGAAAUUAUGGUAGAUUUGUUUCCUAGAAGUAAUGUAAGCAGGGUACAACUAGCUGCACUUGAAGCACUGCAAGAAGCUGUUGAAGCAUAUCUAGUUCAAUUCUUUGAAGAUUGUGUAUUAUUGUCACAGCAUGGAAAGCGUGUGACUCUUCAAAUUCAAGAUAUGAUUUUAAUGAGACGACUCAGAGGAAGAGAUGAUAUUAUAAAUAAAUGAAGUAGUUUCGCUAUUAGGCUUGAUAAUUUUAUUGUAUAGUUAUAAUAUAUUUUGUAUAUAUUUUGUUUUUACCUUUUAUGAAUUGUUUUAUUGUAUACUUAAUAAUUUGCAUAUAUAUCAUUGGAUAAUACUAAUUAAUAAAAAAGGGCAAAAUAGUAUUGAUUGUCAUAUAUUAUGAUUAUGUAUUAAAAUUGGAAUAUUCUUGACAAAUUCACUGUAUUCUUAUCCGACAUAGUAUGUCCAUGACACUAAGAAUUGUGGAGUGUUUGAUAACAAAUUAAACUUGUAAUGGUUUGUUCAAUAAAA